AUGAGUGCUACGGAGGCCUUAACAUUGGACAAAGUUCCAAAACCCAAAAAUCUUAUUGGAGUUCGACACUUUCAGUGUUUCCUCCUUUUUAUCCUUUCAAAUGUGAAUCAUGGCUUGAGGAGUAAUACUCCCAUUGCUAUUGUGGCAAUGACGGAUGCCCAAGCGGCUAAUCCGGAUUUUCCCGAGUACGAUUGGACCCCAUCGACGCAAUCCUAUAUUCUCAGUAGUUUCUUCUGGGGGUAUUUGAUCAGUAUCCUUCCCGCGGGGCUUCUUGCACGGAGAUUUGGUGCUAAAACGGUGUUGCUGUGUGCUACAGUGGGGAGCUCCCUUGCCUGUGUUCUGAUCCCAACUGGGGCAGAAAUUGGUGGUUGGGGGCUUGUUUGUGCACUGCGAAUGCUUCAAGGACUCUUCCAGGGAUGCUUCAAUCCCUGCCUGCAUACCCUCCUGUCCGUUUGGGUACCUCCGAGUGAGAGGAGUCGUUUAGCUGGUUUCGUCUACGCUGGUGGUUUCCUUGGGAAUGUCGUCACGACAGCCACGAGUGGAUUGAUUGCUGUUUCCGCAGUUGGAUGGCCAGGGAUCUACUAUAUUUCCGGUUCAAUUGGUUUCUUCUGGGCUGUGUUGUAUUUCUUUACUGGGAGUAGCUCACCUGAGGAAAGUCUCUACAUUUCCUCAACUGAAAAGUGCUACAUUCAAACGUGCCUAGGACAGGUGACGGCUGUCCGCUUAAUCAGGAAAAUAAAAACUCCGUGGAAGAGCGUUUUUUCAUCAGCAUGUGUCUAUGCUCUUAUCAUUGCACAUUUCGUUGGGAGUUGGAAUAGUGGAACAAUGACAACUCAAGUACCGACUUAUAUAAAGAAUGUUCUGAAUUACGAUAUGAAAGAGAGCGCCCUUCUAUCAGCCUUGCCGUACUUUGUAAAAUGGCUCACAUCUUUCGUGUUUAGCUCCCUUUCGGAUUUUGUGAUAAAUCACAAAUAUUUGUCAAUUGGAAAUUCACGAAAAUUCUUCAAUUCAAUCGGAACAUACGGUUCGGGAUUGAUGCUCGUCAUCCUUGCUCUUCUGCCACGAGAUCAACCAAUAUCAGCCAUUGUCCUGCUUAUAUUUAGCGUGGGAUUGAGUUCUGGUGCCAUGUUUGGCUACCUUCUCAAUCAUUUGGAUCUCUCGCCCAUUCAUGCGGGAAUCCUUAUGGGAAUAUCCAAUUUUGCCGGAACAGGAGCAUCCCUCAUUGCACCCCUCUUUGCUGGAGCUGUUCUAAAUGAUCACAAAAAUGCCUCCGAGUGGCAAAUUGUUUUCUUCGUAGCAGCAGGUCUUAAAUUCAUCGGCAAUACGCUCUUCAUAAUCAUGGGAAAAGGUGAUAUACAACCGUGGAACUACAGCAAGGAUAACCCAGCACCACCAAUUGUUAAUAAAGAGCAGCAAAAGAGCAAUAAAGAGAAGGCUUAA